AUGGCUAUUCCAAAUGGUAAAGCUCUGCCCCAAAAUUUUUACGAGGCCAAGAAGAUCAUAUCAAAGUUUGGAUUAGGAUAUAAAAAAAUUCAUGUCUGCCCAAAUAACUGUCAGUUGUUCUGGAAAGAGACAGAAAAUGAUGAUUUUUGCUCUAAAUGCAAUGCAUCUAGGUGGAAAGAUAAAAUGCCCGAAACCAAGUUAACUAAAAAGGAAAGAAAGAGAGCUACCCCAAUGAAAGUUCUGAGAUACUUUCCAAUCAAAGAGUGGCUGAAAAGGAUAUUCAUGUGCAAAGAAACAGCAACUCUAGCUCGAUGGCAUGAUGAAGGGCGCACCAAGCAGCAUGGAGUGCUACGGCAUCCAGCAGAUUCCGAGGCAUGGAAGAAAUUUGAUGAGAAGCAUGGGUUUGCAGAUGAUUGUCGUAAUAUUCGGUUUGGCAUAGCAACAGAUGGAUUUAAUCCAUAUGGGAUGCUGAUCAAUAAAUAUAGUUGUUGGCCAGUUGUGCUAGUCAUGUAUAACCUGCCUCCAUGGCUAUGCAUGAAGAAAUCUUAUCUGUCAUUGUCUUUGAUUAUUCCUGGACCUAAGAGCCCUGGAGAUAAGAUUCAUGUUUUUAUGCAGCCUCUUUUAGAAGAUUUGAGAGAUCUUUAUGUGAAUGGGAUGACAACCUAUGAUGCAUCCGAACAGAAAACAUUUAAACUCAGAGCGGCUGUCUUGUGGACCAUAAAUGAUUUCCCAGCAUUAGGAAUGCUUGCUUCAUAUAUGGUUCAUGGAGAUUAUGCAUGUCCACCUUGUGGUGCAAAUGUAUGGACCAAGCGCUUGAAAUAUGGCAAGAAAGCUUGUUUUAUGGGUCACCGGCGAUUUCUGCCACUUGAUGUGGAAGUGUUGAAAGAUAUUAUGGACAACAACCUUGAAUUAGCAGAUAACAGCGGUGGAAAGACUGCAUGGAAAGGAGAUGCGUUGAGCAAAGUAUUAGGGGAUGACAAGCCUGGCCAUGUACAUGGUUUGGGACUAGUUCCAAACCCAAAAAAACUUUUUGAUGUUUCCACUUCACGUGUAUUCCAGAAUACACAUUUUACUUCGAUGGAGGAUACACCAAAUGAAGAUAUCAAGUAAAUAAAAAUCAGGAUGCUAAAAUUACGGAACUAGAGGAGAAGAUGAGAAGAAUGGAAAGACAACCAAAUCAGGAAACUUCAGAUCCAAUGGCUACAAUUGGGCUUGAACCUUCGGUUGAUGGACACAACUCAAACAGAAAAAGAGUGCUUGCUCCUCCGGUUGAUGGACUCCAACUUGUUAAAAAACGAUCAAAUAAUUUACAGAACAAGCCAAGUGGAUCAAAAGAUGCAGAUUUGCAAGCAUCAAACAAGAAUUAUGUUUCAGAUAAGAACAAAGAAACUAUGGUUCAUAAUGGUGGCAGUGCACGACAACUAGAAAAAUGCUCUACUGCACACAAGAAUGUUGUCCAGAACCAAGAAACUCCUCAUAAUUUCAGUGCUCAGCAAGGGGAAAUAAAUUCUGCUACACAUAAGAAUGUUGUUCAGAACAAAGAAACUUUUCUUGAGAAUGUUAGUGCACGUCAGGGAGAUAAAACUUCUGCUGCAAACAAACGG